GAAGCCCAACAUCUUCGACAACAUGAUGGCGAUGAUGGAGAAGUACGCCAACAACCUGGAGGCGCUAGUCGACGAGCGCACCGACCAGCUGGCGGAGGAGAAACGGAAGACUGAGCAACUGCUGUUCGAGAUGCUGCCGCGCACGGUGGCGGAGCAGCUGCGGCGCGGCAACAAGGUGCAGGCCGAGAGCUUCGAGAGCGUCACCAUCUACUUCAGCGACAUUGUCGGCUUCACCGCCCUCUCCGCCGAGAGCACCCCGCUGCAGGUGGUUGAUCUCCUGAAUGACCUAUACACUGCCUUUGAUCGC